UAUCGUUUUGUCAUUUUUAUUUUCCAAACCGCGUUAAAAAAAUGGACUUGAUCUGUAUUUACAAUAGCAGAAUUUAUGUCAAAGUUGAAAAGUUAUGUUACGUUACCUCCUGGCCUGUUUUUUUCUUAUUUUUAACUUUCCUGUUGUCAUAACUUUUUGAACAUCAAACCGUUUGUUCUUAUUAGGGUCGUGGGAGAGCUGUAAAUUUAAAUUGUAAUGUAAUAUUAAUAAAAUAAAAGUGUACGGUUGUUUUAAUAACUUUUAGUUUGUUUUUUCAGAGGUAUUUUUUCUAGUUAUUUAUUUAUUUAUUUUGCAAUCGUCACUUCCCUAUCUCGGUCAGCUGAUUUGGAGGGGCGUGGUCAAAGAAACUAGCUACCUCCUGCUAAAUUCCGUCAGAGUAGAUUAGCCGAGCUCCCUGUACUUACGCCGAGGGUUCGCUCUGCACUUUGUGUCUUACGACUCACUUGGUAACAUAAACAGCGUAUCUUACAAAUAUUUUUGCUUUUCCACUUGCUAUCGGCGCCGUGACAUGCAAACGUAGCGGCUAGCUAGCUAUCUUGCUAGCUGGAGGCUUGUGCGCGUCCUCCUUGCCCACGGGAGCAUAAAUGUGUGACAAGUUGUGCGACCGUGGCGUAGGUGAACAACACACCAGGGACGAUGCGCAAGGACGUCAGAAUCUUACUGGUUGGCGAACCCAAGGUGGGAAAGACGUCACUCAUCAUGUCUCUGGUCAGCGAGGAAUUCCCAACUGUGGUUCCUUACCGAGCUGAAGAGAUAACUAUUCCUGCAGAUGUCACUCCAGAGAGAGUCCCCACGCAUAUUGUGGACUAUUCAGAUGCUGAGCAGACUGAUGAGCAGUUGUUCCAAGAGAUCUCUAAGGCAAACGUGAUUUGCAUUGUGUACUCGGUCAACAAUAAGACAUCGAUAGAGAAGGUGACCAGCUAUUGGAUCCCCCUCAUUCUUGACAACACGGACAAGGAUAGCAGGGUUCCUCUCAUCCUGGUGGGAAACAAAUCUGACCUGGUGGAGCACAGUAGCAUGGACACCAUCCUGCCAAUUAUGAACCAGUACAGCGAGAUUGAGACCUGUGUCGAGUGCUCCGCAAAGAAUCUGAAGAACAUCUCUGAGCUGUUCUACUAUGCCCAAAAGGCUGUCCUCCAUCCCACGGGGCCACUUUACUGUCCAGAGAAAAAAGAUAUGAAGCCACUCUGUAUAAAAGCACUGACGCGAAUCUUCAAAGUGUCCGACUUGGACAACGACGGUAUUCUCAACGAUAGUGAGCUCAACUUCUUUCAGAAAACAUGUUUCAACCUGCCAUUGGAGCCGCAGGCCUUGGAGGAUGUGAAAAAUGUCGUGAGGAAAAAUUUGAGUGAUGGAGUGUGCGACAAUGGACUCACUCUAAAAGGCUUCCUGUUCCUCCACACGCUUUUUAUCCAGCGCGGGCGCCACGAAACCACGUGGACUGUGCUGAGGACAUUCGGAUAUGACGACGACCUGGAGCUGAAUCAGGACUACCUCUUCCCUCCGCUGAAAGUUCCCCCUAACUGCACCACAGAGCUCAACCACACAGCCUACCUCUUCUUGCAGAGUGUCUUCGACAAACAUGACAAGGAUCGUGACUGUGCCUUGUCGCCGGAGGAGCUGCGGGACCUGUUUGAUGUUUUUCCCUACAUGCCCUGGGGUCCUGACGUCAACAACACGGUGUGCACCAAUGAGCAGGGCUGGAUCACCUACCAGGGUUAUCUCUCACAAUGGACGUUAACAACUUAUCUGGAUGUGCAGCGUUGCCUGGAGUAUCUGGGUUAUCUUGGUUAUUCAAUCAUUGCUGAGCAGGAGUCCCAAGCAACCGGGAUAACAGUGACCAGGGAUAAAAAGAUUGACUUGCAGAAGAAGCAGACACAACGCGGCGUCUUCCGCUGUAACGUCUUUGGAGAUGUUGGCAGCGGGAAGAGUGGCUUUCUCCAAGCCUUUCUGGGGAGGAACCUAAUGCACCAGCAAAUAAUCAAAGAGGAACAUAAAUCCUACUACGCCAUCAGCACGACUUUUGUUUACGGUCAGGAGAAAUAUCUUCUACUUCAUGAAGUGUUCCCCGACUUGGACUAUCUGUCUGACGCCGACCUGGCCUGUGACAUCAUCUGCUUGGUUUAUGACGUCAGCAACCCGUACUCCUUCGACUACUGCGCCAAAGUCUUCAAGCAACACUUUGUGGACUGCAAGAUCCCGUGCAUGAUGAUCGCGGCCAAGUCGGACCUGCCCGAGACCAAACAGUUGUACGGCUGCAGUCCUCUUGAGUUCUGUCGGAAGCAUAAAAUGCCUCCCCCGCAGUCGUUCACCUGCAACACUGCCGGAGCGCCCGACAGAGACAUCUACACCAAACUUAGCACCAUGGCCAUGUACCCACAUAUGAGCCAAGCGGACCUGAAGAGCUCCACCUUCUGGCUUCGUGCUAGCGUUGGCGCCACCAUGUUUGCCGUGUUGGGCUUUGCAAUGUACAGAGUUCUGCUCAAAGCGCGGUGAUGCCUCUCAUUACCUUUCACAAACUCUUCUAUACGUAAAGGAACAAAAUUAUUAAGACAGUCAACUUAAAGAAGACAGAAGAAAAAAAAUGCAAUUGUGCAAUGUUUCUGUUUGAAAUGUGUUUCUUUUUGCUUAUUGUACAUGUGUGGAGAAAAAACCCCCCAAUAUAUUUAUUUUGGAGGAAUAUAACAAGAAGCUGCGAAUGGAAGUGUAUUACAAGGGAAUAAGGAUCUGUUAGAUAAAAAAAAAAAAAAAAAAGCGAGUGAACUUGUCAAACUGUGUAAGAAAUGCAAUAUUUUAAAUAGUGAUAGUGUACAUACUGUAAAUAACUCUGAGCUUGACACUUAAGCAUUGAUAGUAUUUAUUUUUUGCCUUUUAUGGCCAAUCGAGUGGAUGAGGAAUUUGAACGGUUCAAUUUACAGUCUUGCUGCAAUACACUUGCAUGUUUCAUAUUUUCUGAGCACAUUCCACGCAUAACUUGCCAUCAUUAUGUGCUAUGUACCUGAAAGUGCAAAAAACACCCUGGUGGUCAUUUUGAAAGAACUUCCCUGCAGCAGAAGAUACAACCAUGUCUGUCUGUAAUGUACAACUGCCCACGGUGCAAUUGGAUGUACAGUGUUUACCAGGCCCCAACUUUUGGAAACAAUAAAUCCAAAAUUUUCUGUUUUCA